GUCAAAAUCAGAGAAAAUGGUCGUUGGAAAACAAACCUUCUUGUUUUAUUAUUAUAUUAUUAACAUAUUUUGUGUUUUGAAUGCAAAUUUAAAGUAGUAUUACGAUGAAUAACUUUGCUGACCAGGAAACGCCUCUAACCUCUGGGAUAGCAAUAAAACAGGAUAUCAAAGAGGAAUUUGAUGAGGACAACUCCAUAGCCUGUGAUGAUUUGGGGGUGAAAAAUGAUGAAGAAGACUAUUUUGAUGGAGCAGAGCAAUUUGAAAUGAAAUUUGAAGUUGAAAACGAAAGACUUCUUGACAUAAGUUUUAAAAAUGAAGAAACAAAUAAAGAAAUACUGUCAGAAAAAGUCCCAAAAGAAGAGAAAGGGAAUGAAAAAAAUCCCCUAUCCAAAGACAGGUUAUUUGAGUGUGAUAUCUGUCCCAAGAAGUACAAAAGUAGGGAUGGUUUGAAUGAACAUACAAAGUUUGUUCAUAAAAAACACGAGCUGGACCAGUUUAAAUGCAGCAUAUGUAAUUAUGUGACAGUGAGAAAAAGCAAUUUUAUAAAACACUUGAAAAUUCACGACUCGAAGAACUAUUUAAAGUGCAAAUUUUGUCACUAUACGACUGCUUGGUUGUAUAAUCUAAAUACACACGUUACACGUAAACAUAACCUACAAAAUACAGGAGAGAAUAAAGUAGAAAUUACAGGCACAAUGGAGCCAAUAGUAGUUAAAAAAGAACCACUAGACGGUUUUGAAGGUAGUAUUUUGACGAAUAAACCUAGACCAACCUUUGCUGACCUAGAAAUGCCUUCAACCUCUGGGAUAGCAAUAAAACAAGAGAUCAAAGAGGAAUAUGAUGAUUUAGCAGUGAAAAUAGAAUCAACGUUCACAGACCAAGAAGACUAUUAUGAUGAAGCUGAGCUGGUUGAAAUGAAGUUUGAAGCUGAACAUGAAAGUUUUGUUGACAUAAGGAGCAAAAGUGAAAAUGUUAAUAAAGAAAUACAGCUGGAAAAAGUUGUCCCAAAAGCAGAAAAGGAAAUUGAAAAAAAUCCCAAAGGUAAGUUUGAGUGCAAGGUUUGUCCAAAGACAUAUCAAACGAGGAUGGGUUUAUUUUAUCACAAAAAAUAUGUACACAAAAAGCAUGAGCUGGAAGAAUUUAAAUGUAGCAAAUGCGAUUUUGUGACGGUGAGAAAAGGGAUUUUAAAUAAGCAUGUAAAAAUUCACGACAAAAGCAACUACCUAAAAUGCCAAUUUUGUCAAUAUAUGGCAGCGGAGUUAAAAGGUUUAAAUGCUCACAUUCUAAGUAAACACAAAUUGGAAAAUAAAGGAGAGAAUGAAAUAAAAAUAACAGGGAAAGUAUACGAGUGCACAAAAUGUUCAUAUUCGACUCUUCAUAAAGCACAUUACGAUAACCACCUACGAGUGUGUCUGAAAUUAAAAAAUGUUAAAUGUUACGAAUGUCACCUUUGUCUGUAUAAAACCAUUCACAAAAGCCAUUUAACAACCCACAUUAAAUCCCAUAACGAAAUAAAAAAAUUGAAAUGUUUGUUUUGCUUGUAUGAAAGCAAUGCAAAACAAAAUUUAGACCAACACAUUCUAACCAGACAUUCUGAUAUGUUAAAUGAAUCUAACAGAAAUAUAAUUACAUCCCAAAUACACCAUUGCCAACUGUGUAAAUACAAAUCAAUAAACAAAGGUAAUUUAAAAGCUCACCUAAAAACUCAUUCUGUUGAAAUGUCAAAAACCAUAACAAACUGAAUAAUUUAAGUUUUUAUAUUAUUGCUAAUAAAUUGUUACCAUUUUUAACUUGUCGUUUUUUAUUUACUUACCAACUUUAAUGACUAAAUUGAAGUAUCAUCACUAA